CUCAUCAUUCUCUUUUCUCCAAAUUCCCUUUCUUGCUUGUUUGUUCACUGAGAGUCUCUCUUGUCACACCUACGGUGAUAAUCUCUAAUCGACGGCGGUGCAAUCGCCUGUUUAUAUGUAAACUCUGGCCCAGAAAUAUAGGGUUCUUGAGGAGUUGAUGUGAUAGACUGUCUAAGUGCAGCUAGCUGUUGAGUUCUGUGGAAAGGACACUAAUCAAUUGCUGAAAAAAUGGCGAAUAUAUACAUAGCUGGCAUAUUGGAAAAGAUGACAGGCAAGGAUAAAGAUUACAGAUACAUGGCAACUUCUGAUUUACUUAAUGAGUUGAACAAAGAAGGAUUUAAACCAGAUGCUGAACUUGAAGUCAAGUUGUCAAAUAUUGUCUUACAACAGCUUGAUGAUGCAGCUGGUGAUGUGUCUGGAUUAGCUGUGAAAUGUCUUGCACCAUUGGUGAAGAAAAUUCGCGAGUCUCAAGUUGUUGAGAUGACUGUUAAACUCUGCGAUAAGUUGCUAAAUGGGAAAUGCCACCAUCGCGACAAUGCAAGCAUAGCUUUGAAGACAAUUGUGGCCGAGCUUCCUAGUGUAUCUGUUGCACAGUCUGUAAUUGCUUCAGUAUCUCCACAGCUGAUAAGAGGAGUCACUACUCAAGUUCAAGGAACGAACACCGAGAUAAAGUGUGAAUGUCUUGAUAUUCUCUGUGAUGUUCUUCAUAAGUAUGGAAGUCUCAUGGUUUCAGAUCAUGAACUUCUUCUGGGUUCAUUAUUGCCACAGCUAAGCUUGAACCAAGCAAGUGUUAGGAAGAAGACUGUUUCUUGUAUAGCAUCCCUGGCUUCUUGCUUGUCGGAAGAUUUGUUGGCAAAGGCAACCGUUGAAGUUGUUCGUCUCUUGGAAAAGAAGGGAACAAAACCAGAAAUGACCCGUACAAAUAUUCAGAUGAUCGGGGCCUUAAGUCGUGCUGUUGGGUACCGGUUUGGCCCUCAUCUUGGAGAUACAGUUCCUGUACUAAUUAACUAUUGCACAAGUUCAUCAGAGAAUGAUGAGGAGCUUCGUGAGUACAGUUUCCAGGCACUGGAGAGUUUUCUACUUAGGUGCCCUAGGGACAUUGCUGUCUACUGUGAUGAAAUUCUUCAUCUUAGCCUUGAUUAUCUUAGUUAUGAUCCUAAUUUCACUGAUAAUAUGGAGGAAGAUACAGAUGAUGAUGGCCUUGAAGAGGAGGAAGAUGAAGGGAGUGCCAAUGAAUAUACUGAUGACGAGGAUGUCAGCUGGAAAGUUCGAAGAGCUGCUGCAAAAUGCUUGGCUGCAUUAAUUGUCUCUCGUCCCGAGAUGCUUUCAAAGAUAUAUGAAGAGGCAUGUCCAAAGAUGAUAGACAGGUUUAAGGAAAGAGAGGAAAAUGUCAAGAUGGAUGUUUUCAAUACAUUCACUGAGUUGUUACGACAGACUGGAAAUGUUACAAAAGGACAGACCGAUAUAAAAGAAAUGAGUCCAAGAUGGUUGCUGAAACAAGAAGUACCGAAAAUCAUUAGAUCUAUAACAAAGCAACUGCGAGAGAAAUCUAUCAAGACUAAGAUUGGUGCAUUUGCCGUUCUGAAAGAACUUGUUGUUGUGCUUCCUGACUGCCUUGCUGAUCAUAUUGGAUCCCUCAUACCUGGAAUUGAAAAAGCACUACUUGAUAAAUCUGCUUCAUCAAAUUUGAAGAUCGAGGCCCUUGUAUUCACAAGAUUAGUGCUAGCUUCACACGCACCUGCUGUUUUUCACCCCUAUGUUAAGGCUCUUUCCUCUUCGAUUCUCUCUGCUGUUGGUGAGCGCUACUACAAAGUAACAGCUGAAGCAUUAAGGGUAUGUGGGGAACUUGUCCGCGUGGUACGUCCAGAUAUCGAGGGUCAUGCUUUUGAUUUUAAGCCCUAUGUUCAUCCAAUAUACAAGGCCAUUAUGUCCCGCUUGACCAAUCAAGAUCAAGAUCAGGAGGUGAAGGAAUGUGCAAUUUCUUGCAUGGGACUUGUUAUUUCAACAUUUGGUGACAAUCUCAGAGGAGAAUUACCUUCAUGCCUUCCUGUUCUUGUUGAUCGAAUGGGAAAUGAGAUCACUAGACUUACUGCUGUAAAGGCUUUUGCUGUAAUAGCUGCUUCUCCACUGCGGGUGGACCUUUCAUGUGUUCUAGAGCAUGUUAUUGGAGAUUUAACAACAUUCUUGCGGAAAGCUAAUCGUCCAUUAAGACAGGCAACACUAGGGACACUGAAUUCUACAAUCGUUGCUUAUGGCGAUAAAAUUGCUUCAGCUGCAUAUGAAGUUAUCAUUGUUGAACUUUCUACUUUGAUCAGUGAUUCAGACUUGCACAUGACAGCUCUAGCUUUGGAACUGUGCUGCACUUUGAUGGCUGAUAGGAGAUCAAUCCCAAAUGUGGGGUUGACUGUUAGAAACAAAGUUCUUCCUCAAGCCCUAAUGUUGGUGAAAAGCACGUUGCUUCAAGGACAAGCACUUUGGGCUCUACAAAACUUUUUUGCUGCCCUCAUUUGUUCAGCGAAUACUAGUUUUGACUCUUUGCUAGACUCUCUUCUAUCAACUGCUAAACCACCUGUUCAAUCUGGAGGCAUCACAAAGCAGGCAUUAUUUUCUAUUGCUCAAUGUGUGGCUGUUCUCUGCCUUUCGGUGGGUGAUCAGAAAUGUUCAUCUACAGUUAAGAUGCUUAUGGAUAUUCUCAAAGAUGAUGGUGCUAGCAAUUCAGUUAAACAACACCUUGCUUUGCUGUGCUUGGGAGAGAUUGGGAGAAGGAAGGAUCUAAGUACACAUGCCCACAUAGAAAGCAUUGUUAUAGAAUCUUUUCAAUCACCUUUUGAAGAGAUCAAAUCUGCUGCAUCUUAUGCCCUUGGAAACAUCGCAGUUGGCAAUUUGCCAAAAUAUCUUCCUUUUAUUUUGGAUCAAAUUGAUAACCAGCAAAAGAAGCAAUAUCUACUGCUACAUUCUUUGAAAGAGGUUAUAGUUAGGCAAUCUGUGGAUAAAGCUGAGUUUCAAGAUUCAAGUGUGGAUAAGAUACUUAGUUUGCUAUUUAACCAUUGUGAAAGUGAGGAAGAAGGUGUUCGCAAUGUGGUUGCUGAGUGUCUUGGUAAAAUUGCCCUCAUUGAACCUGCAAAACUGGUCCCUGCACUGAAGGAGCGUAUAACUAGUCAGACUGCAUUUACCAGAGCCACAGUUGUCAUUGCAGUUAAAUAUGCCAUGGUUGAGCGGCCAGAGAAGAUAGAUGGAAUUAUUUCACCUGAAAUCUCUUCAUUCCUUAUGCUUGUUAAGGAUGCUGACAGGCAUGUCAGGCGUGCAGCUGUCUUGGCUCUAAGUACAGCAGCUCACAACAAACCAAACCUGAUUAAGGGUCUUCUUCCUGAACUCUUACCACUUCUUUAUGAUCAGACGAUUGUCAAGAAAGAAUUGAUAAGAACUGUUGAUCUUGGACCCUUCAAACAUAUUGUGGAUGACGGGCUUGAGCUAAGGAAAGCAGCUUUUGAGUGUGUAGACACGUUGCUUGAUUCAUGUCUUGACCAAGUCAAUCCUUCUUCUUUCAUUAUCCCUUUUCUAAGAUCGGGUCUUGAUGAUCAUUAUGAUGUGAAAAUGCCUUGCCAUCUUAUCCUAUCAAAACUUGCGGACAAGUGCCCUUCUGCAGUAUUAGCAGUUCUGGAUUCCUUAGUGGAUCCUCUUCAGAAAACUAUUAACUUUAGGCCAAAGCAAGAUGCCGUGAAACAAGAAGUUGAUCGAAAUGAAGAUAUGAUCAGGAGUGCCUUACGAGCUAUCGCUUCAUUAAAUCGCAUAAGUGGAGGUGAUUGCAGUCUGAAAUUCAAGAAUCUGAUGAGUGAAAUGGCAAAGUCUCAGGCUUUGUGGGAGAAGUACUGUUCUAUUAGAAAUGAGUGAAGAUUGAUUCAGGCUUCUCCGAUUCCAUUGUCGGUAUGUUUCAAGUUUUUUUUUGGGAUGAGAAUGAGCGAUUGAAGUUGUAGGUUAACGUUUGUUACCUCAACAUAUGACAUACACUCAAAAUGCAAUUUCGACGGUAAAAUGGUAAAAAAACAAUUUGUUAGUAUUUUUUCGUGUAUAGGGUUGUUACCUAUCUUGAACAAUUCUGAUUUCUGGAAAAUGGUCAUUUUUUUCAUUGUUUUUGCUUAAAUUUUUAUUUAGAAGAUAACUGGUAUGACAAUUUGAAUCAAUUGUGUCAUGUUUUGCAUUA